GUCACUACAGGAAGCUGUAUGUGCGGUAAUAUCAACUAUGAAUAUGAGGGAGAACCGAAAGUGACGGCGUUAUGUCACUGCAUUGACUGUCAGAAGUGGACGGGGGGAGCAUUCACCUCAAACGCCGUAGUGCCUCGAACCUCAUUUAAAGUCACCAAAGGUAAAGUGUUCAUGCGGUCUCCUUCAUCCUGGGACGGUGUGGGUGACUCGGGAAAGAUCAACAAACACUUUUUCUGCUCGAAUUGCGGAUCUAGCCUGUAUACCGAAUUGGAGGUUAUGCCAGAAAUGACUUGCGUAAAGGCGGGAGGCCUCGACCAGGGCAAGGCCAGCCUGGGAGACAAGAUCGAUGUCGAGUUCUAUACAAAACACCGUCCCACUUACCUGAAGAGUAUCGAAGGGGCUAAACAGGAACCAGCCUUCGGCUAG